UGUAGUAAGAUCUGGCAACACACCCACUGCGUGCUAACGUAUGGGGGGAAACUGGAACGUGGAUGAUGCAUGAAUAUUUUGGUUCUAAAAUGUCACAUCUAUUUUGAAAAUGCACACAGUGCUGCUGGUAGAAAUUUUCUCGUCAUAAUAUCUUUAUUGCACCAUUUUUUUCUCUUUUAACCGGACUGUUUUUAUUACUGACUCUCAGGACAAAAUACAGCAUUUGUUACGAUAACGAAUUACGAGCGCAUAGUAACGGCUGCUCUUGUUUACGGCGACAGAAGAGUCUGUUGUUUUUCCACUAUGCGGCAUUCCCCGGGGAACGAAACUUCACUGCUGCCGCACGCUAGCUUAUGACACUGCAUCUCUGUGUUUCUCAAUUACAGCUUCUUACGUAAACAGGCCGAAACCCUGCUCCUAAAACCACCUCUGGUCUUCAAGUGUCGGGUUAGCACCGAAACACCGGCAUUACAAGCUGUGGCAUUUUAAUUAGAUCUCAAGCUGUAGCGCGACAGAUGUCAGAGCGUCAUUUGGGCGUCAUGGUGACAUGCAGUCCAGUGUUAAUGCCGCAUUGUGUCCUGCCAGGCUUUCUACGCUCAGUUUAAGCUCGAUAGUCGAAGGGACGCUGGAACGUUUGGUCAGAAUCUUUGAGCGAGAACGCAGGCGACGAUGUCGGCGUGACCGCCACAUGCUUUCAAAGCGAGGAUCAAACCUAUAGACAGGACGGAGCCGUAUUGAACAUACAGCGACUACGUGAGAGAGCCUACCUACAGUUUAGAGUCUGCUAAUGCAAGCAUUUUCAAGGAUACCUAUUCUUCCCACACAUCAAGUAUCACAGCCCUGAAUUUGCAUGCCUGCAGCCAAGUCCAUGAAUUUACACAUUUGGUUGCUAUGAAACUGCCAGGGAGGGUUAAAAGCCUCAUUGAAUUCGGAUAAUUCUGUGAAGGCCUUGAUUUCAAUGCAGACUCCCGUUGCAGGAUCAGUUGUUCUGUUUGAGGUGGAUUGCACAUGCCUAAAGGAGCAUGAAACAAUUCAGCAUCAUCUUUUUGACUGCGUUAUCUUCAAUUUCCCUCACUGUGGGCGUAAAAGUGGAGUGAAGAAGAACCGCAUCCUGCUGGUGAAAUUUUUCCAAAGUGCCGUUGCAGUCCUUAAGGACAAUGGGGAAGUGCACGUCACCUUGUGCAAUGGCCAAGGAGGCACUCCAUGUGACAGUCCAAUGAGGGAAUGGCACAAUAGUUGGCAGGUGGUUGCCAUGGCAGCAGAAUCAGGGCUAAUUCUUAGUGAAAUCCGUCCCUUUGACUGUGAAAUGUAUCAAGGUUACAGAUGCACUGGUUACAGGAGUCAAGACAAAGGUUUCCAUGUAGAGGGAGCUUUGACCCACAUCUUCACUCGGAGUCUCCCGCACAUCGUGCCAGAAAAACUGAAAAUGGAGAAAACCGUUGGGAAGGAGACAAUUUGCUUUGAGCUUCCGGCAGAGUUGAGUAAUUAUAUGAACAGGGAUUUCCUUGGUCAGCAGUCACAUCAUCCAGUGAAAACAGUCCAGGAGCAGUUACUUAGAGAGCUAAAGUCAAUCUGGCCUGUGUGCACUAUGAAUGAAGACUUCCCAGAACUGGUGAGCUGCCUGCCAGAAACGCCAGAAGCGUGUGACUCAACUCUAACCCACUCAGAUGUCUACUGGAUUAAACCUACUGACACCUAUAUAUUUGACCAAAGUGAAAACGACCAAAAUGACUGUGAGUCUAUGGAUGAUCAACAAAGCUUUACAGGCAGCUAUGCACUACGACCAUCUCUGCUGUUGCAUGUCCAAGAGGUCACCCAGAAUGAGGACUUCAGCCCUGGUACUCUUCAUGCAGUCAGUGGCCUGGUCUUUCAGAGAGUACCCAUUUCUCCAAGCCGUUCUCCAGCAUUCCAUCAGCUUCUAUUGGUGGGAAUGUUCCCUGCAGAAUCGCAUCCCGUUCAGUGCUUCCAAGAUUGUUUAGAGUCGCUGCUCUCUUCUUACGGCGUCUCCUUUGAGGAGGCACAAACAGGUAUAGAGCAGCAAGUGUGGAUGAAUUCAAAGAUGCUGCCCAAGUUUGGGCGGAUCACAUAUCUGCCCUCUUUUUCCUCGGCCCUUGAUGAAGGUUUACAGUUAAUCGCUGUCUCAAUAAACUUGGAUCAUUUAGCUACGCUGAUUUUUGGCAUUUCUGACUGGCGCUUACUUUGGAGCACCGAUCCUCGGUUUCUUAAGCAUUUCGAGCUCAAUCCACUUGGACCUUUCAGUCCUUUCUCCCUUUACCCACCAAGCUACUUGCAUGAUAUCAGUUUCUGGAUGGAACCAGAAAGCUAUGAUGAACUGGACUUCCAUGCGCUUGUGCGAGAGGCUUCUUGCGGUGCUGUUAAGCAUGUGGCAUUAGUCGAUCGCUUUAGACACCCACACAUGGGUCAUGCAAGCCUCUGCUAUAGGCUGACGUAUCAGUCGCCAGAUCGCGCCCUCUCGCACAGCCAGGCAUUGGGACUGCAAAAUCAGCUCCGGAGACUAUUACCCCUGCGUCUGCAGGUGACUCUGAGGUGAUUGAAGCAACAGUGGAUCAGAUGGAAGAAUGAUUUCAAUUUAAAAUUUUUAAAGAUAAUGGUUAACUUUAAAGGUCAGAAGAGUGAGUCUGAUUUGUUCUGCAGGGUUUUUUUUUUUUAUAAAUAAAGAAAAAGAGGUAAAAUUUUAGCAAGUACAAUGGAUAUUGUUCCUAUUUAUUUAAAACUGACAUAUCAAACUAUUUAUUCUAAAGGGAUUAUUUGUGGCUGUGUUUGAAAUCCUGUCAUGUUUACAUAUAGCUUAUUACGCUAAUUAAUCAAAAUUUGACAUCAUAAAUAUUGUGGGUUUAAUAAGAUAACGAAGAAAUGUUUACAAAUUUCAGUAGUACUGUGUUACUUUUCCUUGUUGUUUAGAGCUUUGCAAUGAGAAAAAAAAAAAAAAAUAAAUACAGUGCCUUGCAAAAGUGUUCAUACCCCUUUAUUUUUUUUCACGUUUUAUGUUGCAGCCUUAUGUUAAACUGCUUUAAAUUACUUUUUUUCCCCCACAUUAAUGUACACUCCAUACAUCAUAAUGACAAAGCAAAAAACUAAUUUGUGACAACUUUGCAAAUUUAUAAAAAAAUAAAACACUAAAAUAAGUGCAUUGUAUAAGUAUUCAUACCCUUAACUCAGCACCUUUACAGCCCCAGGUCUUUUUGGGUAUGAUGCGACAAGCUUUGCACAUCUGCAUCUGGCAAUUAUCUACCAUUCUUAGCCUCACCUCUCAUGCUCUGUCAGCUUGGAUGGGGGCUGAGAGACAUUUUCAGGUUUCUCCAGAAAUAUUUGAUUGCGUUCAAGCCAAGGCUCUGGCUGGGUCACUCAGGGACAUUCACAGAGUUGUCUGUAAGCCACUCUUGCUGUGUGCUUAGGGUCAUUGGUCUGUUGGAAGGUGAACCUUCCGUCUAGUCUGAGGUUCUGAAUGCUCUGGACUGGGUUUUCAUUAAUGCUAUCUCAAUAUUUUGGUGCACUGAGCUUUUCUUCUACUCUGAGUCCCUCAGUCCCUGCCGCUAAAACAAACAGCUCCACAGCAUGAGGCUGAUACCAGCACACUCUUGGUUUCCUUCAAACAUGAUGCUUGGAAUUGAGGUUCUUCAGACCAGAGAAUCUUGUUUCUCACAGUCUGAGGGUCCUUUAGGUGUUUUUUAUUGCAAAUUCCAAGUGGGUUUUCAUAUGUCUUCACGGAGGAGAGGAUUGAGCUUGGCCACACUGCUGUAAAGACCGACUUGGUGGAGUGUUGCAGUGAUGUUUGUCCUUCUGUAAGUUUUUUCCUUCUGCAUAUAUGAUCAUGGAGCUCAACUAGAGUGACCAUCUGCUUCUUGGUCACCAGUAUAACCAAGCCCUUUCUCCAUCAAUUGCUCAGUUUGGCCAGGAGGCCAGCUCUAGGAAGAGUCAUAGUUGUUCCAAGCUUCUUCCAUUAUGGAUAAUGGAGGAUACAUGCUUCUGUGAACCUUCAAUGCAGCAGAAUUUCAUUCUGAACUCUUUCCUAGAUCUGUGCCUUGACGCAAGUCUGUAUCUCAGCUCUACAGACAGUUAAUUUAACCUCAGGGCUUGGUUUUUGCUCUGAUAUGCAUUUUCAGCUGUUAGAUCUUUUCUGAGAGGUAUGUGCCUUUCAAAAUCAUACUCAUUCAAAUGAAUUUGGCACAGUUUAACUCCACUUGAAGUGUAGUAACAUCUACAAGCGAUAUGAGUGCUCCUGAGCUACAUUUCGAGUGUCCCAGAUGAAUACUUAUGCAGUGGAAUAUUUUCAGGUUUUUCUUUUAAAUUUCUAAUAAAUUUGCAAAGUUGUUACAAACCUGUUUUGUGCUUUGUCAUUGUUGAUGUAUCAAGUGUAGAUUGAUGUGGAAAAAGUAAUUUAAAGCAGUUUAACAUAAGGCUGCAACAUAAAACAUGAAAAAAAAAAAGAAAAAAAUGAGAAAAGAAGGGGUAUGAAUACUUUCGCAAAGCACUGUUUUACAAAUUGCAUUCUCUCCUAUAUUAAUUAAUUAUGCAUGUUUAGGGAUCUGUUCAGUUAGGCAACUUAUAUAUGUAAUUAUUGAUCCACAACUGUAAAUCAUUUAAUCUGAUGCAUUUUUAAAGAACUAACUUAAAUAUUUUUCUAGCUUCUUUGUAUUGCAUAUGUGUGUUUACAUUAUCUCUGAAGCUGCAUUUGAUACUGUGAUAUUUCAGGAAUGUAUAUGUUUAUGUCUAGGAUUUUAUGAUUAUUUGUAACUGUAAAUUGUUAUAUUGCUAUAUUAUUUAGACUACAAAGGUGAAGUGUGUCAUUCCUCAAACUAACAAAAUUUCAAAAAUUAUGGUUGUUGUCACAGAUUACCUGAAAACUAACCUGUUUUCCAUUGUUUGGUCAAACAGUUUCUGAACCUGAAAAGACUGGCUUGAAUUCCAUAGAUAGAUUAAUUAUAUAUGAAUUCCAUGUGCAAAAUAUUUAUAUCUUAGACUCAUGACACGUAUCUAAACACAGAUGCACACUAGAGUAAUAUUUUGUAAGGUGCAGAGUCCAGCAGUUGCAAAUCUAACAUCAUAAAUGUUAACCACAUGGUCUGUCAUUAAAUAGUUUUGUUUUUUUUUUGGA